UGGCUACCUGUUAUUAUAGGCCUCGCCUUCCGUGUCUGUGCCAAGGAAGCGAUGUGCAGACGCAUGUAAUUGUGUAAUUGUGAUAGGAAUCACGUUCCCGAGUUCCCUGUAAGGAUGAAGAAUGAAGGAUGUCGCGGUAGCUAGGAUCAGAGCUAUUCAGCAUGUCUCCUAUGUGGAGGCAGUGGAAAUACUGAAGUGAGUAGAGAUGAGAUGGUAGUGUGUCCUACAGUCUGCAGUGAAUGUCAUGCAGGAGAAGGAUCUGACGCACUAACAGUGAAAAAGGUGAACUUUGUUGCGUUUAUAGCGCAAGUGAUACUUUUCACUAGUCUAUCUAAUAUCAAAUCUAAGAAGCUAGACAUCAUUGUGAAGUCAAAUAUAUUUCUGGAUCUCCAGGGCUUUACAGCCGAAAUGUGUGAAGAGAAUGAAUGAAGAGGUUCCCCCUCCCAGGUUCCAGAAUAUGAAUAUGAAUUUAAAUCCGACUGGAGUACAGUUUUUUUUUGUUUGAAAUUCAGGGUAGUAGCGUGAAUUUGGUUAGUGUUUUUGGUAGUUAGUGUGAAUUUGUUCAUUCAAAACAUAUUUUGUUUUGGGGGAUUUUUUACUACCCUUUACAGUAGGUGGCGGCAAUACACUUUGAGUGUAGUCUGCCAAUAAACCUCAAAGAAGAAGAGACGUGCCGCGUCUAUUCAAGAUUGCAAAACCAUGGCAACAUUCAUGGAACGAGUGUCUUUCCUUCAAAAAGUUCCCAUUCUGAUGAAAGCAACAGUAGAUGAUGAAUCGCCUUGUCCUAGCUACCUCUUUGAAGAAAUCGGAAAAAUCUCCCAGGAGUCCACUGGGUGUGGUCAGUUCCUGUUGGAGUACCUGUUGAAGAGGCUGGAGGUAGAAUCCUGCCAUGUCAAAAUAAAGGUUCUGAAGAUCUUUGUCCAUCUCUGUGGCCACGGAUCGCCUCACUUUCUGACAGAACUUAGACGGAACUCCACCUUCAUCCAGCAGGCCUCAGUUUACAGUGGUCCCCCUGAUCCCAUCCAUGGCUUUGCUCUGUAUCAGAAAGUGAGGGCCACAGCACAGGACAUAGUCAGGUUACUCUUCUCAGGCACAGCCUCUCCCCAGAGCAGCAAACUAGCCAUGCCCAACAUGGGCAUCGGGUCGGAGUCUGCCCAUGGAUCCAGAAUGCAGGGGUUUGGAUACAGCCCAGGGAAGAAGAUAACAAGUGGCGAGACCCUGAUGGACAAGAUCCAUAAGGCUACUGAGUUUGUGGCCAGUGCGGUCCUGCCCCCAACAGAACUACAGGGUAUCCGUCUCCAUGACAACCACUACCAGGCGGUGGUGGUACCCUCAGGCCCUGUAGAGGUGGCAGUGCCAGCAUAUGCCUACGCUGUGCCUCCUCACAGACCCAGAGUUUCCCAGGGGUGCCCAGAGCAGGUGGGAGGGGGCUGGGAGGAGAUUAACAGUGGCCAUAGCUCCUCCCACAACUCAUCUCAGGGGAACGCAGACCACAGCCAGGCCUCAGGGGGUGGGAGCAGCAAGUCGUAUGGCACCGGGAGCCAAUCGGAAGCCAGUAGGGACAGCUUCGGGGACCAAUCAGAACGGGUGGAGGCCAUGCAGUUAGGGGACUGUGGCCAGGAGAUGGCGCUAAUCAGCAGAAUAACUGAGGGCUCCAAGGUCUUCCUGUCCAGAAAUGAGAGCCAGCACUUCAUCAAGGAGUGUUCCACUCUAAACUGUGAGGUGGUGGUGGAGCUGCUCUCUCGCAGACUGCAGGACCCAUCACAGACUGUCCAGAUGAGGGCUCUGUGUGCCGUGGCCUGUCUCAUGAUCUCUGAUCUGCUGUCUCUGGAGCAAAUCUUCGGGGCGACCCAGAGGAGGCUGGCCCAUCUGAGUGAGGAAUCCCCAGGGGCUGUAGCCAACAAGGCCACCAAGAUCCUUCGUCAAUUUGAGGCUCUGAUGGGCGUGCCAAUCAGUGGUGCCAGACGUGAUGCAGCAGCAGCCAGUAUUGUUCUUUCAUCCUCCUCGGACCAGCCCCCUACUCUCACAUGUCCCGUACUUCUACUGCAAACACACCCAGGUGACACCACGGUCCUUAACCAUCAUAGAAGGAGAGAACCUGAGCUCUUACCUGGGGGGCGAACUCACCCCCCUCCCGUACCUGACCUGGGCUGGCCCCAAAGGGGUACAUCUGAGAGGUUACUAAAUUACAACCAUGAUGAUGAGGAUAGGUCUGCUACUCAGGAUGAAGAGUUUGUGGAAAGUCAGACUGGGUUCAGGACUGGUGAGACCCAGCUCACCUCAGAUCUUAAAGUUAAAGAUCCAGAGCUCCAUACAGAGAGGUACCCCAUCCGACUCAAGGACCCCAAGAUUGAGCAGCCCUGUGGGGGCAGACUCACUUUGUUCAGUGGCAUGGAGCUGGUGACCAAAGGGAAGUCUGUGUGCCCAUCAGCCCUUACAGAGAGGAAUGGAGACAUGCAGCCUGAGGCGGAAAAGAGAGACGGGACGGAACGUCUGAGAGUUGAAAUGGAGAGCAUUAGCCCUACAAACACACCGCUACUCUGCCUCGAUGACAACAGUGAUACAACGCCCACGUGCAACCUCACGCCCACCAGCAGCCAAUCAACCUCAGCCUUUUCUUUCCUUAACCUCUGACCUCGAACGGUAAUGCUUAGGAUAAUGUCACCAUAAGUAUGUCUGCUCUAAAACAAAGAUUAUAUGGUUUGUCACAGGAGCCAAGUCCACAGUAUGUAUAAUUAUGUUUUGCAAAAGUGGAGGUAAUUUUCAUGAGCUAGUUCAGGUUAUUAAGAACAGUUGUUAGAGUAAUAUGUCUUCUGUUCUUUGCUGGUACUUGGUGCACUUCUUACUACUGUAAAUAUAAACAUUGAAGCCUCCCGGGUGGCGCAGUGGUCUAGGGCUAACUGCGCCACCAGAGUCUCUGGGUUCGCGCCCAGGCUCUGUCGCAGCCGGCCGCGACCGGGAGGUCCGUGGGGCGACGCACAAUUGGCAUAGCGUCGUCCGGGGUAGGGAGGGUUUGGCCGGUAGGGAUAUCCUUGUCUCAUCGCGCUCCAGCGACUCCUGUGGCGGGCCGGGCGCAGUGCGCGCCAACCAAGGGGGCCAGGUACACGGUGUUUCCUCCAACACAUUGGUGCGGCUGGCUUCCGGGUUGGAGGCGCGCUGUGUUAAGAAGCAGUACGGCUGGUUGGGUUGUGCUUCGGAGGACGCAUGGCUUUCGACCUUCGUCUCUCCCGAGCCCGUACGGGAGUUGUAGCGAUGAGACAAGGUAGUAAUUACUAGCGAUUGGAUACCACGAAAAUUGGGGAGAAAAUGGGAUAAAAAAAUAAAAUAAAAAUAUUUAAAAAAUAUA